CUCUCUCUCUCUCUCUCUCUCUCUCUCUCUCUCUCUCUCUCAAUAUAUCAUACACAUACCUCACUGCAACCAAACUUAAAUCCAUGAACAUGGACCUCAAAGAUGCCAAUAAAAACUUCUACUACUCAAACAACUACUCUUGCUCACGCUUCCUACUAAUCACACUUGUUUUGUUUCAACUAUUCUUUUGCUUCAACUAUUAUUCCUUCAUCUCCCAUAAGUCUUUAGCCGGAAAUACAACUGCUGAAACUCCAACCCAUAAUGUGUCCGACUCCGACCAAAAGGAUGAAACAUGUCCGUCCGGUAGGGUCUACGUCUAUGACCUACCACCCAUGUUCAACAAAGAAAUGCUAGAGAAUUGCUCUAGUUUGGACCCAUGGAGCCCACGAUACUGCGAUGCCGUUUUGAACGGGGGGUUCGGCCGGAGAGCCACCGAGAUCGCUGGAGUGGUGCCAGCGAGCCUAGCUCCGGCUUGGUACUGGACAGACCAGUUCAUGUUGGAGGUGAUUUUCCAUAAUAGGGUUUUGAGGCAUAGGUGCAGAACUUUGGAGCCCGAAUCUGCUACAGCGUUCUACAUACCCUUUUAUGCUGGACUCACUGUCGGGAGGUAUCUUUUCACAAGUCGUAGUAGCAAAGAGCGUGAUAGGGAUUGCGAGAUGUUGUUGAUGUGGGUCCAAAACCAGCCCUAUUGGAAAAGAUCAAACGGCUCAGAUCACUUCAUGACGCUGGGACGGAUGGUUUGGGAUUUUCGACGGUGGGGAGAGAACGGAUGGGGGUCCAGCUUUGUCUAUAUGCCCGGAAUGAAGAACAUCCAUCGCCUCGUGAUUGAACGGAGCCCGUGGGACCCACUUGACAUUGGUGUGCCUUACCCCACUGGAUUCCAUCCCAGGUCCGACGCUGACGUGUUGGAGUGGCAAAGGCAUAUUCGCACGCACAAGCGGAGGAGCCUCUUCUGCUUCGUCGGAGGGAAACGUGGCGCAUUCAGGGACGAUUUUAGGGGUCGCUUGCUGAGUCAUUGUGAGAACGAGUCCGACUCUUGCCGAGUCGUGGAUUGCAGCGGAACUAGGUGUUACAAUGGUGCCUCGGCUAUUUUGGACACCUUCUUGGACUCAGACUUUUGCUUGCAACCCAGAGGGGACACGUACACGAGGCGGUCCAUGUUCGACUGCAUGGUGGCCGGUUCAAUCCCUGUUCUUUUUUGGAAGCGGUCUGCUUAUGAUCAAUAUGAGUGGUUUUUACCGGGCGAACAACUAGGGAGUUUUUCAGUCUUUAUAGAUCACCAAGCGGUAAAAAAUGGGACGUCCAUUAGGAAGGUGCUUGAGAAGUACAGUAGAGAAGAGGUAAGAAAAAUGAGGGAGAGGGUGAUUGCUUUUAUACCGAAACUUUUAUAUGCAAAGCCUCAAGAAGGUUUGGAGAGUGUAAAAGAUGCUUUUGAUGUUGCUAUUGAAGGGGUCUUCAGGAGGUUUAAGGAGCAACAUGGAGGGUAAUUAAUAUAUAAGUGCAUGUCUAGCUGUAGUGAUACAAGAUGAAAAAUUAAUAAUCGGGUUUUUUUUAGUUGUAUUUAGGUUAUUAAUUAGUAUUUAAUUUCAUAUUUUAUUUAAAUCGUAAGAGUUAGUGUUAUUUUGUAAUUCAAUAAUAGGGUUUGCCAAAAGUCAAUCAGUCAAAUUAGGAUUAAGAUUUUGUCC